AUGCUGGAGAAAAUGUCCAGGCGAAACCGCACCUUGCUCUCGCUGGGUCUCACCUCCUUGGCUCUCACUUUGUCGGUGUCGGCUUUCUGCACCUCCUACUGGUGCGAGGGGACGCACAAAGUGGUGAAGCCGGUCUGCUUGUCACCAGUCAAGAUGAAAAACUGUGGGAAGAACAACAGCCAGCCGUAUACAGAGGCUCCCACCUCGGACCCCAAAAACCCGAUCCCCAACGUGACGCUGUCUCCGCAGCAGAAAGAGGAGCUGGCUCUGCUUAGGAAGAAGCAGCUGGCCAACGCCGUCCAUUACCUGUGGGAAACCGGCGAGGACAAAUACAUGCUGAGAUACUUCCACACCGGAUUCUGGCUCUCCUGUGAACAACACAAUGAAGGUGAUGAGCAGGAGGAAAGAUGUCGCAGCUUUAUCGAACUGACUCCAGGAGAGACACAAGGUGUGCUGUGGUUUUCCGUCAUCAGCGAGUUCAUGUACAUCGGGCUGCUGGCGAUGGGUUUCCUGCUCAUGUGUGUGGAAGCAAUGUGCCUCUGUGCAAAGAAAGAGAUGGGUUCUUUGAAAAUCAAUGCCUACGCCGCCAUGUGCACCAUUCUGUCAGGCAUGAUGGGGAUGGUAGCGCACAUGAUGUACUCCACUGUGUUUCAGAUGACCGUUAGCAUCGGGCCGAAGGACUGGAGGCCUCAGUCCUGGGACUACGGGUGGUCGUUUGCCUUAGCAUGGCUGUCCUUCAGCUGCUGCAUGGCAGCUGCUGUGGCAACGCUCAACUCCUACACCAAGACCAUCAUUGAGAUGAAGCACCGGGCCAGGCUGAGGCUGGAGGAGGCCCGUGCUGCCACCAUCGCCCCCUCCUAUGAGGAGGUCGUUCAAGCCGGAGGAGGAGGGAUCUACUCCGUCAGUCAGCUGAUGACACUAGGACAGCAGGGGGUGCUUGUAGAUCCCAUGUGGCCCAGGGGCGUGGGACCGGCGGUCGGACCUUUGACAAGCAGCGCUGGGGGAACGUCGUUAGCUGGAGGUGGAGGAAUUGGAGCUGGCGGCACUGGGACGGGAAUGGGAGGAGGUGGGGGAACAAUGGGAGCAACAGGAGGAGCCGGAAUGGGAGCGGGAAGGAUGGUGGACUCUCAUGGUGUGGUGGUUGUGGAAGGAUGUGAAGACUGCGAGCGGGAGAUGGAUGAGAUCGACUACACUCUGCAGGACGAGCGAGAAGACUCGGUCUGCUAAGGCUCAGUGACACACGUGGAAUUCAAACGCCACAAGACUUGA